CUUCAGUCUCCGCAGUUUCUCCAGACACUAGGACGAGUCAUAUCUCUCUCUCUCUGGUUUCUCCGAUAUCUAAUCUAUCAAUUCUGCAAGUCUAAACUGUGAAGAAAAAAAAAACUUCAGUCAUUAAUCCAUUUUAAGCGUGUAUGCACAAAAGGGUGACUUAGCAAAGUCACUUCUUGAAAGUGAUAUUCGUGUGUAGUGUAAAAACUGACUUUGGAAUCAUUCUUGCAAAAAGUGUUUGUGAUUGGGUGUAAUUUAUCAAAUUGGAUCCAACCUUUUCGAUCUGUAAAAGAUAAAAGUUUGAGGAGGAGCAGAAAAGGUUUGAAGAUGAUCAUUUAUUCAUCUCAUGGUCUUACAGUCGUCUUCCUCACACUCACUCUAAACGGAAUGAGUUGGAGUGCUGGGAAGGAUUUUAUCUCCCGUCCAUAUUUUGGAGAACAGGAAACAGACAUUGUUGUUCAGCAGGGAGAAGUAGCAUUCUUUAACUGUCAUGUUCAUAAUCUAGCAAACCAAACAGUAUCCUGGAUGAGAAGUUUAGAUGGAUAUCCUAUUUACAUUGGGAAGGAGAAAUAUAUAAACGACGACAGAUUUGAACUCAUCUCAAAUAGGAUUGGAGAUUUUACCCUGCGACUAAAGUUUACCUCUGCUACUGAUGCUGGCAAGUUUGAAUGUCAGGUUUCAACAAACCCAAAAAUCAGCCAAGUAUUCUCAUUGAAAGUUGUAGUACCAUCUGUAUCCGUGGACGGAGAUACGGAGAAGCAUGUUAUGUCUGGGUCCCCAGUUCAUCUCAAGUGUGUUAUAGCUAACUGCCUGAAGGAACCAACCUAUGUAUUCUGGUACAGGUCCGGAUCUAGAUUGGUUGAGGAGAGCGGGGGAAGAUUAAGGGUUAGAACUGGAGUACAGGAGGGGGGUAGAACAGCUAUCAGUAUUCUUACUAUUGACGAGGUUAACAGGGGAGAUGAUGGAGAGUACACGUGUAAACCAGCUUCAGGAGGAGAAGCUAAAGUCAGACUUCACGUGGUCCGAGGUGAGAUACUGCCCGCUAUGCAGCAUGAUCAAGCUAGCGCUGCUACCAUUCAUUACCAAGAAAUGAGCAUUUUGAUCGGGUUUACCGCCCUCUUCUGUUAUUUAUAAACCAACAGCAUCAUCAUCAUCUUAUUCUUUUCUUCUUUAUCCUCUCCAGGAGUACAUUCUUCCCCUACUCCAUAUACUCUAGGAUUAGACUAACUUAUCCUACUCCAUAUACUCCAGGAGAACAUUCUCCUCCUUCUCCAUAUACUCCAGGAGUUGACUCCACUCUCCUACUCCAUUUAAUCUUGGAGUAAAUUCUCCUCCUCCUCCAUAUACUCCAGAAGUUGACUACCUUCUCCUACUGCAUUCACUCUAGGAGUAGACCACCUUUUUCUACUCCAUAUCAUCCGGAAGCGUAGAAGACUACCUUUACUAAACCUACUUAAUCCUAUGACCUAUCGCCAAUUGUCUACAAAUCUACUGAGCACUGGUCUACUUAUCCACUAGUCUAAUAGUUUACUGGCUUACUAGUUUACAGGUCUAUUGGCAUAGUUGUCUACUAGUCUUCUCUUCUAGUAAACUAGACUACUAGACUUCUAGUCUACUAGCCUACUAGUCUUUUAGUCUACUAGCCUACUAGUCUUUUAGUCUACUAGUCUGCUAGUCUAGUACUUUACCAGUAAACUAGACUAGUCUGCUAGUCUACUACUCUUCUAGUCUACUUGUCUACCACUAAACUAGCCUGCUAGCCCUAGUCUACCAGUUUACUAUACUUCUAGUAUUCUAAUCUACUAUAGUCUACUAAGUAGUUUAUUUAUAUUUUAUUUAAUGAAUGAUAUUUUAAUAUUUUAAUGUAUAAGUUGUAUGACACCAAUCACCAUGUGAAAUUUGAAUAUAAAUCACAUGUUAUAACUAGAGAUAGUUAAUUUUUAAUCAUAUGUCCUAUUAAUCAUGCAUUUGUUGAAAGAACUUUUUAACUAAAUAAUAUUGCUUUAUUGUAUGUCAACACAUUGACAGGAAGGUCUCUGUAACAUAUUUUUAUAGUUGUGUUUGAUAAAAAAAGGUAUGUCCAAUUGUAAAAAAAUGUUAAAAAUUUUGAUUAAUAAAUGUUAAAAUCUGUGAUUUCCACCAUGUUUUGUUAAACCAGUGUUAGACCAGAUCAAGGUUGUACACACGGUAUACUCGGAUCCGCUCCAAUGUAUGUAAAUGUCGUCUUUAUUGCAAUUUAGACUAAAUCCUCAUAUGAUCUCUUUGAUACAGGGUGUCCCAAUAAACAUGGGAAUUCAGUGACGAAUUCGAUAUCGUCUUUUUAAACAAUUCUU